CUUUAAGAGGUCUUGGUAGUUAUGAUAGUGAAUCAAAAGGUCAUAGUAGUCAUAGUGAUAGAUUAGGAGGUUAUAGUAAUCAUGGUAAUAAUAGACCAAGAGGUCAUGGCAGUCAUGGUGGUAGUAGACCAAGAGGUUGUGGCAGUCAUGAAUCAUUAAGCUUUCAUCAUGUUAAUAAAGAGGUUCAUGAAAAAAUUUUAGAACUUUUCAAAGAUGGUCACUCUUCUAUAUCAGUAAUGUAUACUUACAAAGAUACACUUUAUCUUAACGUAAUAUAUAAGCAAGAAUUUUUAUUAUUACUUACAAACUGGAUAAUUAAUUCUGAUUAUAACUAUAUCGCUAAACUCUUUCAAAAUUAUCAUGAAAUGGCACUUAGUGAUCAUAAUAGUAUUUCAAUAUUUAAACAUCUAGUAAAAAUGUAA